AUGGAAUACGAGUCUGACAAAUUCACAAAAGUCGAGACCGACACCACAACGGUGCGCACAAACUCUCAAUAUGGAACUCGCACGUCGGCCAUCCGCAGAUUUAAGGAUUCGUUCAAGGUAAGCGAGCUCAAUGAAAUUCCGGAAGACUGUGAAUCUGGUGAGCUUACGGAACAAGAAAAGAUCCAGCUGAACCUGGCGCAGCAGCCUUAUAAAAAGGUGUUGAGCCAAAGACAUCUCAGUAUGAUUGCCAUCGGAGGAACUCUGGGAACUGGCCUUUUCAUUGGUCUGGGGUAUUCCUUGGCCUCCGGUCCUGGAUCACUGUUGAUCGGUUUCUUACUAGUGGGUACUUCUAUGUUCUGUGUGGUUCAGAGUGCAGCAGAACUUUCGUGCCAAUUUCCUGUUUCCGGGUCGUACGCUACGCAUGUCAGCAGAUUCGUUGAUCAGUCUAUUGGGUUUACGGUUGCGACAAACUACUCUUUAUCUUGGUUGAUCUCAUUCCCGAGUGAGCUGAUCGGUUGUUCCCUAACGAUAUCUUACUGGAAUCAAUCGGUUAAUCCUGCCGUAUGGGUUGCUAUCUUUUACGUCUUUAUCAUGGUUUUGAACUUGUUCGGCGUCAGAGGAUUCGCGGAGACAGAAGUGUUCUUAUCCAUAAUAAAGAUUGUUGCCAUCAUUAUCUUCAUUAUAAUUGGGAUUGUCUUGAUUGCAGGAGGCGGCCCUAAUUCCCAGGGCUACAUAGGAACCAAGUAUUGGCAUGAUCCGGGAUCUUUUGCUGUACCAGUCUUCAAGAACCUAUGUAACACCUUUGUGUCGGCAGCCUUUUCCUUUGGAGGUAGUGAGCUUGUUCUCUUGACUGCUACGGAAUCCAAAAAUAUCUCGUCUAUUUCACGAGCCGCCAAGGGCACAUUCUGGAGAAUUGCGUUGUUCUAUAUCACGACAGUCGUCAUUAUUGGUUGUCUGGUUCCCUAUAACGAUGAACGUCUUCUAAAUGGCUCUACAAGCGAAGAUAUCAGCGCUUCACCUUUUGUCAUUGCCCUGAGCAAUACAGGUUCCAUGGGUACCAGAGUUUCCAACUUCAUGAACGUUGUGAUUUUAGUCGCAGUCGUUUCUGUCUGCAAUUCAUGCGUUUACGCGUCCUCAAGAUUGAUUCAGGCACUGGGUGCAUCUGGACAAUUACCCAAGAUUUGCGGAUACAUGGACAGGAAGGGCAGACCUUUGGUUGGCAUAGGUAUAAGUGGAGUUAUCGGUCUUUUGGGUUUCCUUGUCGCCUCUAAUGAGCAAAGUGUUGUUUUUACAUGGUUGUUUGCUUUGUGCUCCAUAUCGUCCUUUUUCACCUGGUUCUGUAUCUGUCUAUCUCAACUGCGCUUUAGGAUGGCACUGAAAAAGCAAGGAAGAUCUACAGACGAGAUUGCCUACAAAUCGCUUCUAGGUGUUUAUGGGGGGAUAUUAGGUUGUAUCUUAAACGCCUUACUAAUUGCUGGUGAGGUAUAUGUCUCCGCAUUUCCGGUGGGCGAACCGAGCUCUGCUAAGGCGUUUUUCGAGUACUGUCUAAGCAUCCCGAUUAUGAUCGUUGUCUACUUUGGGCACAAAAUUUAUCGGAACGACUGGAGGCAUUGGUACAUCAAGAGAUCUGACAUUGAUCUUGAUACCGGCUGCUCUGUUGAAAAUUUGGAGCUUUUCCAGGAACAGAGGCAGGCCGAAAAAGAUGAAAUUGCCUCAAGGCCCUUUUACUAUAAGGUUUAUCGAUUUUGGUGCUAA